AUGUUGCCACAGGCUAGAUGGGCGCGGGAUCGCCAUGUCAAAGACGAAGAACAUGCCCCCCUGCUCAGCCGGGCUGAGAAGGGAUAUGGGAGUACACGAAAGACACGGUCUGGCCAAGAUAGGCACGAUGACCAGCGGCCUCUGCGGGAGAUAUGGAUGUCUAAGCUGGACGAUGACAACAAUAUCUCUGCCCUGACCAUACCUGGCACCCAUGACAGUGCCGCGUUCACGAACUCGUGGCCGUUCAUACAGACUCAGAACAAGACUAUCAUGGAGCAGCUCAAUGCCGGGAUUAGGUACUUUGACCUCCGCUGUGGUCUUCGAGAUGAUGGUCUAGAAAUGGUACACGGAAGUAUCCUCCUCGGUCUCACUCUCAGCAUGGUGCUGGAUGCCAUGUACCUUUGGCUUCUUUCUCACGGAAGCGAAGCUCUCGUUGUCCAGAUUAAACAGGAUAGGAAACCAGAGCGAUCGACUAUCCACUUCGCUAAUGCCAUCUGGAGGAGUCUUUCGCAAGCACCCGCGCGCUGGCGCACGGCAAACACCACGCCUACACUCGGCGAACUACGCGGCAAGAUCCAGCUGCUACGACGCUUCACUGGCCCAACGUUGCGGGCGUACGGCAUAGAUGUAACACAAUGGCAAGACAACCCCAGUCGUCCUUUCACGAUCAACACACAGCACGAGGUCAAAAUAACGAUUCAAGACCACUACAGCUUCGGCGACCCAGAGCCAUUACCCUCCCUAGUAACGGCAAAAGGCGGUGAUGUUGCCGAGCUCCUCAACCACGCUGCCGCAGACCCGGACCCAGGACACUGGUAUAUGAACUUCACGAGCGCCUACGAGUUUAACUUCUGGUAUCAGCUGCCGCCUCGCGAGGUGGCCAUAGGUGGAUGGUGGAGCUUUCGAUGGGAAAGUGGCAUGAAUCCGCGUUUAUGCACCUUUCUCAACACGCAGAAGUGCAGACGACGAUUCGGCAUAGUAGCUAUGGACUUUCCAGAUGUUGGGCCAGCCAGCUCCGAGGACUUGAUCACCAGCUUGAUCAUGACGAAUUUUGGACCUGAUCCAGGCGAGGCACGACGGUUCUGGAAGAAGCUUGCGUUGGAUGCUACCUUGAUGCUUGUGCUCGCCACCAUUGUUACCGUGGCGAUGCUGUGCUUUAUGGACGGCCGUGGGAGAUGA